AUGAGCUCUCCGCAGCUCCACGAGGUUGGUCGUGCUGCAUUCACGGAAAUGGGGGCUGCCUGCGGAAAACCAGGAGCUGCUGCUGAACCGAAGACGCGCAAAGCUGCAGUGGAGGUCUCAGGUUCUCCACCAGACCCAAACGCGGCCCAAUUGGCUCCUGUCCCCGCCUCAUCAACAUGCCCGAAGCCCGACACUGCUGCUGAUGCUGCGAACACAGCUGCAGUACCAGAUAAUAAGGCGGUGGAAUUCAGCACGGGAGAUGGCGAUGGUGUCUAUCUGCUGCUGCUUCAGGAGCAGAAUAUGCCUUCACUUGUCCAGCAAUACUCACAUAAUAGGCCAGAGGUCGCUGAAGGCGAUUUGCUGCUGUUACAAAUUAAACCGCCGUCUUAUGUUCCCAUCAAGGAAUCCAGGUUCACUCUGCAGAACGGGAAAAGGACCCUUAAGAUGGGAAUUAUGGCUUCAAUGGAAAACGCCAAUGGGAAAAAGAGGGUGUGCGAGGCGGUGAUGGAGUUUAUGCGUCUGGCAUGUGUGUAUUCUGGGUAUAUCCACGCCUAUGCUGCAAUGGCUCAAGCACCUUUCUCUGUUCUGCUCGUUGUUUCCGAGCGUCACGAGGCUGCGGGCAUUAAAGUCGGCGACGAUGGAUAUAAAACUGUGGGCAGUGCUGCUGAUGAGACAUCGCAAACGAAUGCAGGAACGGAACACACGGGAGAGGAGGCUCAAAAUGCAAAAAAAGGAGGAGAAGGUGCCGAGGACAAAACGUCAGCAGCCGAACAGAAAGAGGAGGCGGCGCCGACCGCAUCUGAAAGCAAUGAACAGCAAGGAGAAGCAAAUGAGAAGGGAAAGGGAGGUACGGAGGGAGGAAAACAGACUAUAUUUCAGGAUUCACCGGCAGAUGUCACUGUUGAAGAAACAGCACCCAGGGUGCUCGAGCACCUUUGUGUGCUCCGUCACUUACCGGAAGGCCGGUCCCCUAAUAUCUCUUCCGUGAAGUAUCUUAUUGUUGUCCCAUUCACCAAAGAAAAAGCAGAAGAAGCCUUUAAGGACGGACGGGUCAUUGACCAGGAAGAGGUCAAAGGCAUCCAGGAAAAAGUUGACAAACUAAACGGCGUUAUGAUCGCGUCGACGGAGGAGAAGUUGGCGCAGUGA